UAUCUUUCAAGUGAGGGAACCAUAACGCACAGAAAAGUGGCAGUGCUAGCCGACGCUGUUUGAUUCAUGGUUGUCAUAGUAACGUGAUUGAAGCUUAGCGGCGAAGGAUGUAAAUAUUGGAGGAGAAACAAGACGUAAUGACACUUCUUAUUCAACUUCUUGAACCGGUUUCUUCAGAGAACUGGCUCAGGUAAUAGGUAAUAUCAAAUCGGAACCCAUUCUUCUCGAUAGAACUCGGCCAGAUCACAUCUAUGUCAUAAAAACUUCAUAUAGUCUUGUAAACGUGGUUCCGAAGAAAAUCGUCUGCUAAAAUUGAUUUUUAAAAAUAUCGUUUUCGAAUGAGACGUGGAACACUAUUUAAUGACAAGUUCAAGAAAAAAAAUCUGAAAGACAUGAUUCGUCAUUGAUAUAUUCCUCCAACUAGCCUCUCAAGAUUUUUAUGGAGCUUUUGAAUUUUAAAUGAAUGGUAAAAAAGUCAGUAUGUGGCCAAAACACAUGAUGCAGGAGGGAAAAACGAACAUAAAAUCCAAGGGAUGACAUCUAUUCUUAAAGCAUCGAGUAUUUUUGUACUAUUCUUCACUUUUAUAUGGCAUAUAAACACGGAAACUACGCUAAGUACCUACAGUGAUGCGGAAGAGGAGGAAGAAAAGAUGGCGAAUGUCUUGUUUGGAAAUGGAUCUUCUGUGGACAGUAUCACAUUGCCUCCAACUGAUGAUUCCUCAUCUAGUCUAGUCCUGGAUGACGAUACAGACUCUAAAAAAGAACACGUGUGGUGGGAAAAUGACACUAAUUCAACCGAUUAUGACGAAUUAAAUGAUGAGAAGAAGAACGACGCUAGUCCCGAAAACAGUGUUGAUCGAGAUUUGUUGGAAAAAGUAAAUUACUUCUUACCAGACCAGCCUGUUUCGGACACCUUUGUCUUCACUGAUUUCAAACGCGAAUCAUCUUCCCAAACCAAAUCUGUUCUACUUAGCUACGAAACUUACACAUCCUCUAUGCCAGAUAUGACCACGAGUUUAUCUUGUGGUUUUGGUGAUCGGAAAUGCAAUAUGCUUGGGGAAGAUUCCCCCAGUGAUCUAAAUUCAAAAGCUAAUGAGGAGCAAUUGCAACCAACAGUUGAAACAUUUCACCCCACUUCAUCAGUGAAGUUAUUAUUACCCUCAAAGCUGGUCGAAGAAACAUCUUCAGAAAUAUUAAAUUUUACUUCAGAUAUUGAAUUUUUAUCUGAUUACUUGACAUCUACUCCGGCCAAUAGUGCUACAGCUCAAACAUCAGAAAAUCUCAUUUUGGAGGAAAAUACUGACAGGAUAAAAGAUGAAAUAGUGAUUCAGGGUUUGACAAACAAGAGUGAUAAAUCUAAACAAGUUACUAAAGAGCGUGAGAGUCCAAGCACCAUGACUGAUGACUUACCAGUUAGGACAUUUUCGAAGACAUCUGAAAAUACUCCUUCAAUGCCAACGAAAGAGUUAAUUUCGCCAUGGAAUGCGCCUUCGGGUGAAUCAAUAUUAUUUUCAAAAAUAUUUAGUACAUCAUCAUCUCCGCUUUCUAGUCCCGUUCCAGAUAAGACUGCUGACACAUCGACAACCGAUUCUUAUUUUUCACUCAAAACAAACACUUACAUUUUUCCCGAGUUAGAGUCAAAAAAGAAAGAGGAAACUGACUUGAACGAUGACGUUAAAACUUCUUCAAUUUCACCAACUUCUCUCUUAAGCUCAUUUUCUACGAUCUCUUGGCAUUAUUCUAAAUCAGAUAUGACUAUUCAGGAUGAUAAAUUUUCCAGAAAAGAAAAGGUUUUGGACACUACAUCUGUUCUCACAUCGUCCUUUAGUCCAACACCUGUGCUUACAGAAACUGAAAACUUUUUCAGACUCAAAUCUUCUUUUUCCCAAACUCAACAAAAACAGCAAAUUUCACUUGAGUCUUCAUCCAUUUCAGAGAGCACUGCAAAGCCUUCAGUUCUGAGUUCACAAAGCAUUAUUACUAAUCUCCAUACAGAUACUUUUACCACCAUUGUUCCUCUAACGCGGGAAAAGGAAACAGUUCCUCCUCCAAGACUUACAAAUCCUGGUUGUUCUAGUCUACCAGUUUGCGUCGAGAUAACGUUGCUGGAAACAAACUGGGAACAUUUCUGUUCGCAACAACAGGACUUUCUGGAGUUCUUAUCUACAUCUCUUUCCCAUUAUACACGUCCUAUUCAUCCCUACCACAUUGUGUUGGACACAGAAGUUUGCACUCUCAGCUCAAAUCUCAGAUCCUCUCAAAAUUCACCAGAUGUUACCGUUGCUUUUUAUGUCACCAAUGAAUCUGGCGAGUAUGAGGAACGAAUGACCGAGCUAUGUGGCGUCAUUUUAAGAAAGUGGGCACCUUCUGCUUUUAAGAGUUCGGUCAUUGAAGUGCGUAUGUACAGCCGCGAAAGCAUCUCGACGCCUCUGCCUAUCAUACCUGAAUUAAAUUCUGGAUUUGUCGCAGCUGUCUCAAUAUCGGCAGUAGCUGGUGUUGCUCUGUGCUUACUCUGCAUACUAUUGGUAAUAAUGAAGCAAAAAUUGAUCCAGGGUCGUCAUUCGGAUGCGACAACUCCAACAGCAGCCGAUGCUUACAGCUUAGAUUCACUGUCCAUCAGUGCUAGCUUUCGGAGGAGAAGGAUUAGACGGUCAGCUAGAUCUUACCUCAACCAUGCUUUUACUGAUCAGGAAAUUCCAUCUCAUCCACUAAACGAAAAAACUUUAGCAAAUAGCUUAAAAAGUAAAGAUUUGCUUGAAGAAGAAUACAAGAGAUUACCAAUGAACAUGCCGAAGCUUGAUUCUAUCCCAGAAGGAGCGCACGUAAAGAAUAGAUAUUCAAACAUACUUCCCAAGGCUGAAAGUCGGGUCAUGUUAGCCGAUCCCUCAGGAGAUCCAUUAAAAUGUUACAUCAACGCCAAUUAUGUUAAGGGUUACGAAGGCAAAUCCUCUUUUUAUAUUGCAUGUCAGGCCCCUUUGCCCGAAGGUAUUGAAGAUUUUUGGCGAAUGAUCUGGGAACAACAAUGUCGAGUGAUAGUUAUGUUGACGAUGUUCGAAGAAAAUGGAACAUCCAGAUGCGCUGUCUACUUUCCCCAAAGCACCUUAAUAUCUCAACAGCCUUAUGGAGAUUUUCAAGUGUCACUUCUAAAGAAGGAUGUGUAUGAAUUUUAUACACUAUCUACUCUUCGUCUAUUGGAUUUGGAGAAAAAUUUAUUUCGAGAUGUAGUGCAUUUGUGGUUCACAGGAUGGCCUGAUGUAGGUGUGCCAAAAGAUUCCUCGAGCUUAGUAACAUUCGUGCAACAGUGUCGGCCAUUUAUCAACUGCAACUCUGGUCCUACAGUUGUCCAUUGCAGUACUGGAACGGGACGAACAGGUGUUUUCAUUGCACUGGAUAUUUGCAUGAGAGAAUAUGAUCAAUCAAGAUCCAUCGAUAUUCUGCAAUGCAUCUCCCAAAUUCGAAAGGAUCGAUCAGGAGCCGUGCAGAAUAAAGACCAAUAUAUUCUUAUUCAUGACGCCAUGCUAGAGUAUAUUUCUCGUGUGAUAAAUCAGUCCCAACGACCCUCAAUAAGCAGCUAGCAUAUUUCAGAAAGUGAUCGCCACUGUGAUUUAGGAGUUGGACAAGAAAACAUGAAUUGUUGAACUGAAAGAUAUUUAAUUGUUUGUACAAAAAAUGUAUUUUAUGCAGUGUUGCGUGUAUUUUAGCUUUUAUGGCAAAGAAAUUUAAGAAUGUAUUUAUUUUAAUUAUCUUCAAAUUGAUAUGAUGUUAAAGAAAUAAAUAGUAUAUAUUUAUCA